CUUUUCUAGCACAACGACGACAACCAUUUUCGAAUCGAAUCUUCCGUUCCACAACCACAUCCGCAGCGCCAUUUAAGACGCCAAGAUGGGCGUUCCAUUCGACUAUGCACCCGACAGGCCAGAGCACAUCGACGCGAUCCUGAAUGGUCUCGAUAGAUACAAUCCCGAGACCACCAGCAUCUUCCAAGAAUACGUCGUCCAACAGUGUGAAGAAAAGACCUACGAUGCCUACGCAAACCUGGCGCUCUUAAAAUUAUACCAAUUCAACCCCCACCUCACGAAAGACGAAACCAUCACCAACAUCCUCGUCAAAUCCUUGACCGUCUUCCCCUCCCCCGACUUCUCCCUCUGUCUCCACCUCCUCCCACCGCACAUCCUCACGCCCGCAAGCACACAAUCCGCCCUCCCAGCAGCAGGCGACGCACCCCUCUCCGAAGCGGUACAAAAGCUUAACGUCCUCAAUAACCUCCUCGGCCAAGCUUCCUACAGCCAAUUCUGGGCGACCCUCGAUAGCGAUGACCUCUACGCCGAUCUCGUUGCCGAUGUAGCUGGCUUCGAAGAGCUGAUCCGUAUCCGAAUCGCCCUCACCAUCUCUCAAUCAGUCCGUGAAAUCGAGCGCUCGGUAUUGGAGUCAUGGCUUGGACUGCAAAGCGAAGGCUUCGACAAGUUUGUCAAUGGUGUUUGUGGAUGGGAGAUUGAGGGAACGGUCGUGAAGGUACCUUUGAACAAAGAGAAUGAAGCCAAGGGAACGAUUGUUAGGGAGAACGUCAAGGUCGACCAGUUUGCGAGGGUCAUUAGACGGGCAUAUGAGCAACCUGCUUGAUCUUGAAACAUUGUGGUAUGUGGUUUUGCAUGGCAUGGUCGGCUGGCUUGCUGGAUGGCGUUCCGGUAUGGAGUUAGAGGGCCACGGUCUAUAGUACCAGACUUGGGCUAUUACAUGAUCACGGAUGGUCUUCGAUGAAAGAUCGUCGUUGCGAGCAACGUGGUAGA